GCAUUUGUCAGCCCUACCAGGGGCUCUCGGCUCUGUAGCGACGGCGGCCGCGCUGGGACACGGGGGCGGGGCCGGGCACCUGUCUGCGUUUGCAGACACCUGCUGCGCCGGCCGCCGCGGGGCGCGGGGCUAGGCGCUGGGGGCUGCCCGGGAGCCGGGCCCGGCCGGGCCGGCCUGAGCAGGGGAGGGGGGCCGGACCGGCUCGCCGCGUCCGGGGCCCGCCCUCCUCGGCCCGGUCCCCACGUCCGGCUCUGUGCCCGCUCCCAGGUUCAGGGGGGCGUCCGAGGCCCGCAGCCCCCACCAGAGGGUCUCGCGGGCCCGGGGCCGGCCUCGAGCUAGCUGCGAGGUCGGGAUUUGGCCCCUGCCUUACAUCAUCCCGAGACAGAUAAAGUGAAUUCUGAGGACGGAAGAGUUUGAUGACACAGACCACCGAGUUUCUUUGUUUGGAGUGCACGUUAUGAACCCUUUCUGGAGCAUGUCUACAAGCUCUGUACGCAAACGAUCUGAUGGUGAAGAGAAGACAUUAGCAGGGGAUGUGAAAACCAGUCCUCCACGCACUGCUCCAAAGAAACAGCUGCCUUCUAUUCCCAAAAAUGCUUUGCCCAUAACUAAGCCUACAUCUCCUGCCCCGGCAACACAGUCAACAAAUGGCACGCAUGCUUCUUAUGGACCUUUCUACCUGGAAUACUCCCUUCUUGCAGAAUUUACCUUGGUUGUGAAGCAGAAGUUACCGGGUGUCUAUGUGCAGCCAUCUUAUCGAUCUGCAUUAAUGUGGUUUGGAGUAAUAUUCAUACGGCAUGGACUUUAUCAAGAUGGUGUAUUUAAGUUUACAGUUUACAUCCCUGAUAACUACCCAGAUGGUGACUGUCCACGUUUGGUGUUUGAUAUUCCUGUCUUUCACCCGCUAGUUGAUCCCACCUCAGGUGAACUGGAUGUGAAGAGAGCAUUUGCAAAAUGGAGGCGGAACCAUAAUCAUAUUUGGCAAGUAUUGAUGUAUGCACGGAGAGUUUUCUACAAGAUUGAUACAGCAAGCCCCCUGAACCCAGAGGCUGCAGUACUGUAUGAAAAAGAUAUUCAGCUUUUUAAAAGUAAAGUGGUUGACAGUGUUAAGGUGUGCACUGCUCGUUUGUUUGACCAACCUAAAAUAGAAGACCCCUAUGCAAUUAGCUUUUCUCCAUGGAAUCCUUCCGUACAUGAUGAAGCCAGAGAGAAGAUGCUGACUCAGAAAAAGAAGCCUGAAGAACAGCACAAUAAAAGUGUUCACGUUGCUGGCCUGUCGUGGGUGAAGCCUGGCUCAGUACAGCCUUUCAGUAAAGAAGAGAAAACAGUAGCAACUUAAGAGCUGGUGAAUCUGGUGCACCACGCACUUUCCUGCUGGACUUGGGCUAGUAAAGCUGACCAGUGGCAGAGGACUGCCUGCAAGUAAAACGGUGUGAACAGGGACUGAUGUCAGUGCUGUCCGUGUAUGCUUAGGUUCUAACAGCAAGUUCUGGAAACCUCUCUUUACGUAAUGCAUUACUUCUGUCAGAAGUGUCUUUAGGGUGGUUAUCUAGUGCAGUACUCCAAAUUAUUGGGGACCUUGAGGCUUACAUAUUUUCCUGAAUAUAACGCUAAAGGUAAGUUGCAUUCAUUUAAACUGAUGAAGUAGGCAGAGUUCAGCACUAUCUAAUGAUUUUUAAAUCAGUGGUUUCAGUUGUACAUAUAUUAGGAUAUGGAGAGGAGAAGUAAAGAGAGAGCAGUUUCCAUAGCUUAUUAGCACUUUUAAGUGGAAGCGCAUUCGAACCUCAGUCUUGAGCCUGCUGUGUUACGGAUAUACAAACCUGUCUCUGAGGUACAUAUUAGAUGAAUGAGAGGAAGCCAGAACACUUGUUCAUAGUUUGUUUUUUUAAGCAAAUUACUUACUGUAUUUUUAUGGCAGGAGGGAGAAAAAGUGUUAAAGUGGUUUCUAAUGAAGUCAGAUAUUUAAAUGAUGAAUGACUAAUGUGUUUUGUAGAGACAAUAAACCAAUAAAUGAU